UAGAAGGUUAGAGGGAGGGAGUGAGAGAGUGAGUGAGUGAAUGAGAAAGACCGGCACACAGGGAGUGAAACAGACACAGGGAGAGUAGCGGUUCUUACAUCUAGACGCGUGUAGAUAUUUUGCUCCCGGAGAUUCCAAAUAAAACAAACAAGAACAGCUCGCGCUUGUGACAGGACAGGCACCCGACAGAGAGAGCGAGCCUGCUGAUAUUUGAAUGACUUUUCUGUCUAGUUGAAUUAUUAUUCCGAGGAAUAGUGUCAUAUGUGGAGAUUUCUUAACCUCGGAACGGCUGGCGUUUUUCAGCGCACGAGACACUGAAGAACAAGGAAUACAAUGCUAAGGAUUUUGGAUACCGUGGUCACUGUCUUGACGGUUUCCUUUGUGGUCGAGGGUGUGCUCGGUGGCUACGGGAUGAGCAUGUUCGCCGCGCAAACAUCUCCCCCGGACCCUUGCUACGACGAGAACGGUAACCCAAGGAGAUGCAUCCCCGAUUUUGUGAACUCCGCUUUCGGGAAGGAAGUCCGCACUUCCAGCACCUGUGGUAAGACCCCGGGUAGGUACUGCUUGGUAACUGAGAAGGGCGACGAGAGAAAUAGGAACUGCCAUACUUGCGAUGCCUCGGACCCUAAAAAGUAUCACCCACCGGCAUAUCUAACGGAUCUCAACAACCCCCAUAACCUCACAUGUUGGCAAUCGGAAAACUACAUCCAAUACCCCCAAAACGUCACCAUAACACUGUCACUGGGCAAGAAAUUCGAAGUCACCUACGUAAGCCUGCAGUUCUGCACACCUCGACCCGAAUCUAUGGCUAUCUUCAAGUCUAUGGACUACGGCAAAUCUUGGGUACCUUUCCAAUUCUAUUCCGCCCAGUGCAGGAAGAUGUACUCCAAACCGAGCAAGGCCACCAUUACCAAACAGAACGAACAAGAGGCGAUAUGCACGGACUCCCACACGGACAUGCACCCUCUAUCCGGCGGUCUCAUUGCCUUCAGCACUCUGGACGGCAGACCGUCGGCGCACGACUUCGACAACUCGCCGGUGCUCCAGGACUGGGUCACCGCCACGGAUAUCAAGGUGACGUUCAGCCGAUUGCACACUUUCGGUGAUGAGAACGAGGAUGACUCGGAGCUAUCCCGGGACUCUUACUUCUAUGCGGUGUCCGAUCUGCAAGUUGGCGGUCGAUGCAAAUGCAAUGGCCACGCUUCGCGGUGCGUAAAAGACAGGGAUGGAAACCUUGUUUGUGAGUGCAAACAUAAUACGGCGGGACCGGAGUGCGACAGGUGCAAGCCUUUCCAUUAUGAUCGGCCGUGGCAACGCGCAACAGCUAGAGAAGCCAACGAAUGUGUCGCCUGUAACUGUAACCUGCAUGCCAGGCGAUGCCGUUUCAACAUGGAGCUGUACAAGCUGUCUGGGAGGAAGAGCGGAGGAGUCUGUCUCAACUGUCGUCACAACACGGCCGGACGCCACUGUCACUACUGCAAGGAGGGUUACUACAGAGACCUGUCCAAAACCAUCUCCCACAGGAAAGCCUGCAAAGGUAUGAGGGGUCUGGGGAGGGCUUCUGUCCUGGUCUGAGUGUUAACU